UACACACUAGGUGACGAGACACUGCUUCAGUUUUGUUUCCAGCACGCGCCUCUCCAACCACCGGCUAGUCAAUAAGACAGCCCAGCCUCACACGGGUAACCGGGCAGAAUUGACGAGGGUUCCAUUACCCAAUCUGAUGUAUGAUCACUCUCAUCUCGGCUCUAUUGUGUACAUCAGUGUCCGCGCACCGCUCAGGGAAGGAAUCUGAAUUAUAAUUUGAAAUUCAACGGAUGGGGAAAUUUGGAUUUUAAUACAUGGCAGCUGCUUGUUCUAAGAUGAGGCUGUGACAGAGACAAAUUAUUUCUGCUCGGUUAAACAGACCUGGAAUUCCCUUUCACUGUUUUCACCUAGCUCCUUAUCAAGGAAAACAGGACUAAGGCUUCAUUAAAUGCGUGAAUGGAUGGGCUUUGGGAAGCGAGGUAGUCUUGACCCGGUUGAGGAGAGAGUGCACAUCUUAGCCUAGCCUAUCUGCAGUAACAUUGCCGUCUGCUUCCUUCCGUCUGCUAGUCAAGCUAUCAAGCGGUUAGCUGCUACAGCAUAGCCACCUCUGUCCUGUGGUCCUCAGAGUUCAAGCAGUGACAUCAUUGCUCAGUGACAGAAUAUCAUAUCUAUAGAUGGUGCCGUGUCUUUGUUGCGUGGAUUAACAACAUGGCCUGGUCGUAAAAACAAGGGCGGUGUUUGUCAUUUUGACAUGUUCUAGCUGAGGUAUAUGAAAGAGUAUUCAGUGUGUGUCGUCUGCCCGGAAUCAGUAUGGAGAAUUCUAAGAGGAUACGUAAACUCCAAGCUCAACCUGGAGAAAUGACCUUUGGGAAGCUGAUGACAAGCCCAAUUAAAGCUGAAAACAGCGGCAAAAAGUUUGUGAACCCUGAGCAGCCUGGGUAUGUGGGAUUUGCAAAUCUGCCAAACCAAGUCCACAGGAAGUCCGUGAAGAAAGGCUUCGAGUUCACGCUUAUGGUGGUUGGGGAGUCUGGUUUAGGAAAGUCCACACUAGUCAACAGCUUGUUCCUGACAGAUCUGUACCCAGAAAGACACAUACCCUCAGCAGCAGAAAAAAUCCAGCAAACUGUAAAGAUUGAUGCUUCCACCGUGGAGAUUGAAGAGCGGGGAGUGAAGCUGAGGUUGACUGUCGUGGACACGCCAGGAUUCGGAGACUCAUUGAACUCACAAGACUGCUUCAAGCCAAUCAUCCAGUAUGUUGACGACCAGUUUGAAAGGUACCUACAAGAUGAGAGCGGGCUGAACAGAAGACACAUCAUCGACAACCGCGUCCACUCCUGCUUCUACUUCAUCAACCCUUCAGGACAUGGAUUGAAACCUCUCGACGUAUCUUUUAUGCGGGCACUACACCACAAGGUCAACAUCGUCCCAGUAAUAGCUAAAGCUGACACGCUCACAAAACAGGAAGUGUUAACGCUCAAGCGACGGAUCUUGGACCAGAUAGAUGAGAAUGGGAUCAACAUCUACCCUCUUCCUGACUGUGACUCGGAUGAGGAUGAGGACUACAAGGAACAGUGUCGACAGCUCAAGCAAGCUGUUCCAUUUGCCGUUGUUGGUGCUAACACAAUCAUCGAGGUGAAAGGUCGCAAGGUCAGGGGUCGCAUGUACCCCUGGGGAGUGGUGGAAGUGGAGAACCCAGAUCACUGUGAUUUUAUCAAACUUAGGACCAUGCUCAUAACACAUAUGCAAGAUUUACAGGAAGUGACACAAGAAAUUCACUACGAGAACUUCCGAGCAGAAAGGUUAGCCACAGGUGGUGCACAGAAACGAGUCAACAAAUCACGCAGACCUGAAAGCCAAGAGAAGGACUUCUCUGACCGAGAGAAGCAGUUGUCUGAGAAGGAGGCAGAGAUCCGCCGCAUGCAGGAGAUGAUCCAGAAGAUGCAGAAGGAGAUGGAGUCACAGAAGGGGACACCACAGCAGAAUGGCGACGUCAAGUCACACGAUGUGUAACUGACGCUGGUUCUCAGGUCCAGCUUUUAUCUUACAUGAAAAGUAAUACGAAGAGCUGUGAUUGGUCAGGUCAUGCCAUCAUCCUCAUCACUGACCAAUCAAAAUCUCUCUCAUCAACCAGUUGGCUAGUCAAGUCUUGAGUGUUUGAUUUCAACACGCAUUCUACAAGUUUCUCUAUUUGUCUGAACCAACUUUCAGUAUUUUCUUUUGUAGAAUUCCAUGAGUGUUGUUAAGUGCAAUUAUUAACAAAUUGUAUGUGAGUCCAGUGCCGUACGAACAUACGCAGCGUCGUCACAAACAUGUUCAUAUUUUCACUGAUGUCAGUGUGUGAAUAACAAGUUGAAUAAUGUCCAUGUGUUGACGGCUGAAGAAUUUGUGCUUAUUUACAUAUCUUCCAAUGACAAAAAUAGAAAUCCCUACUAGAAUACUAGUUUGAAUUUCCGUUACUGAAUCGUAAAUAGUGAAGUAUUUAAAAUCUGAAUGUACAUAUCGACAUGUCAGGGAAACAUGAUUAGCAAGUGAGUUAAUGCACAAACUUGGAUCCAUUAAUAAGGAAUUUGCCAGGAAUCUGUUAAUACAGAACAAGCACCUGCAAUUUUACUGUUUUACAGAUCAAGAACAGACUAUUCCUAAACUUUUAACUCAAAUUCGAAACUAUUCAGACUUUACACAACAUAGCAGUCUGUCAGGAUAGGAGCACAUGUCAAGUGAAAUUUUGUUCAGUCCAGUAAUAUCAGUUUAUAUAAUACCAUAUAACACUAAAAUGCAGUGCACAGUAGGCUAAGUUUCAGGAGUUUCUGGCACAGACUUUUUCAUUGUACAAGGCUGACACUGGGAAGUAUUUCUCUCUGAGUUGGUGCCGAACUGUUUCAAAUGAAGGA